AUGCCUCCCACAGAAGACAAGCGAAAAGCUGCGCGCGAAACUAUCGACAUCCUCUACGAGAUUUCUUCUUUGCUCUACAUUUACAUUGUCAUCAUCCGCCUUGACGAUUUCCGAUAUCUUCAAUAUGUCUGGCUGACACUCUGCCACAGANCUGUCAUCAAGGACCUCCGAGACCGCAAUGGCGUCGCCACAGAGCCUCGUGAGAAGCAAUGA